CGGCUGCGGGCGCGAUGGCCGGGACGGUGCUGAGGGUCGCCGGGCGCCGGCUCAGCCGGCACAGCGGGUCUGGAGUCCCCCUCCUCCUGCGGCAGAUGUUUGAGCCCAAGAGCUGCACCUACACGUACCUCCUCGGUGACAGAGAGUCCCGAGAGGCCAUUCUCAUCGACCCGGUUCUGGAGACAGCGCCUCGGGAUGCCCAGUUGGUCAAGGAACUGGGGCUGCGGCUGCUGUAUGCUGUGAAUACUCACUGCCACGCGGACCACAUUACGGGCUCGGGGCUGCUGCGAUCCCUACUCCCCGGCUGCCAGUCUGUCAUCUCCCGCCUUAGUGGGGCCCAGGCUGACUUGCACAUUGAGGAUGGAGACUCCAUCCGCUUCGGGCGCUUCGCCGUGGAGACCCGGGCCAGCCCUGGCCACACCCCGGGCUGUGUCACCUUCGUCCUGAAUGACCACAGCAUGGCCUUCACUGGAGACGCCCUGCUCAUCCGAGGGUGUGGGCGGACAGACUUCCAGCAAGGCUGUGCUAAGACCUUGUACCACUCGGUUCACGAAAAGAUCUUCACGCUUCCAGGAGACUGUCUGGUCUACCCUGCUCAUGAUUACCAUGGGCUCACAGUGUCCACUGUGGAGGAGGAGCGGACUCUGAACCCUCGGCUCACCCUCAGCUGUGAGGAGUUUGUCAAAGUCAUGGACAACCUGAACUUGCCCAAGCCUGAGCAGAUAGACGUUGCUGUUCCGGCUAACCUGCGCUGUGGGGUCCAGACACCCCCUUCCUGACCAGGUCUCUGUUGGUGCUCAUAUCCAUUAAGAAUGCACUAGGUGGGGUGCGGGGAGAGAUUUCAUCACUGGAGCCUCUCUCCUCUUCCCCUCCCUCACCAGCCCCUCGAACUUCUUAAAUAAAAAUCUUUUUUUUUUUUGCUCCAAAUCUGUCUUCUG